UGAGCUAUUUUUUAUGACAGAGUAAAAUUAUAAUAAUAAUGGGGGUUACAUAUUUUUAGACACUUUUAUUUGGUGUUCAGCUUGCGGUCCCAGGUUGUGGGGGCCCCAGGCCAUGGCCUACCUUUACCUGAUGGUAAGUCUGCCCCUGAGCUGGAACAUUCUACAGAUGCUUCCCUGACACAUCUCAGACUCAGCAGACUGCUGCUAAAUGAAUGCUGGCUGGAGCCUUCAGGAGCAGCAGCCUCUGACAGGCAGGUUUGCGUCUUCCGGUGGGAGGUGGCGGCUUUACUUUGAAAGUGUCAAACAGGAUCCAGUUUGGGGUAGUUCCAGGAAAUUGUCACGUUUCCAGCAGCCCGCAGAGUCCGUCCCGGCUGGCGAGGAGUGGGACCCGAUCAUGAAGCUGCUCUGACUCCCAGCAUGCUGCCAGGAAACGACUCCUCCGUGCGCUCCGAGGCCCCGGGGAGCAACCUGUCUGCGCGUCCGAGCGGCGGCGCCGCGGGCGCCGGGGCCGGCCCGGAGGCGGUGAUCGUCCCGGUGGUGUUCGGGCUCUUCUUCGUGGUGGGGCUGGUUGGGAACUGCCUGGUGUUGGUCGUAAUUGGAAAAGUGAAGAACCGCGGCGGAGCGCGCUCCCUCAGCCCCACCAACAUCUUCAUCGUGAACCUGAGCGUGGCGGACCUCAGCUUCCUCCUCUUCUGCGUGCCCUUUGAGGCCACCAUCUACUCUCUCCCCGAGUGGGUGUUCGGAGGGUUCCUUUGCAAGUUCGGACACUACUUCUUCACUGUCAGCAAACUGGUCAGCAUUUUCACGCUCGUGGCCAUGUCCGUGGAUCGCUACGUGGCGGUGGUGCGCCCCAAAAAGUCCGCGUGCGCCCGCAGCCGCAGGAGCGCGCUGGUCGGGCUGUGCGUCAUCUGGAUGGUGUCUCUGAUGUGCUCGGUGCCGGUGGCGUUGCAUCAGGUGGUCACGAACCAUCCCAGCGCCCCGAACAGCUCGUUUUGCUGGGAAAACUGGAGCGGGCCAUCCAGACAGUUCUACAAAGUGUCCAUCCUGCUGCUGGGGUACCUGCUGCCGCUGCUGCUCAUCUGCUGCUGCUACACCAGGAUUCUCUGGCACCUUCAUAAAAAGAUGAAGAACAUCUCCAAGAAGUCCCAGCGCUCCAAACAAAAGACGGCUCAGACGGUCCUCCUGGUUGUUACAGCUUUCACCAUCUGCUGGAUGCCCCACCACAUCAUCGCUAUGUGGGUAGAGUUUGGCACGUUCCCUCUAAAUGAUGCCUCCUUAGCUUUUCGCAUCGUCUCCCACUGCCUGUCCUAUGGGCAUUCCUGUGUAAACCCCAUCCUCUACGCCUUCCUGUCCAAGAACUUCCGCAGAGCCUUCUGUCAGGUCUUCAGCCACCUCUUCAUGCACCAGCCACCGUCCAAUGGUAUAGUCCGAUUGCGCAUGGACAACUUCUCCACCACACACUCUUCCACCAAUGUGUGAAGCAUUUGAUAGUAGGUGAAGCUGAUUGUGUCAGUUAAUCUCUUCAGAGUACUUAACAGAAGCAUGUGGGUUUGGCUGUUUGGAUCACUGAAGACCCAUUAGACAUCACUUGUCCAGCCGCAGAAGAUCAACAAGACGCUGAUUUGACAGAGAAAUGAAGGAUUCAGAGAAACUGACCCUAAAUCAUUUCACAUUUCAGUUUCUUAUGGUUUGUGUCCAUGAUAAAAUGGACAAAGAAAUCUUCAUAAGUGACACACCGAAUGUUCCACCAUUCAUUCAUCAGUACACUGCACCACAUCUGUCACCUACCUGCAGAGGAGCUCAAGCACUCAUGUUGCUUCGGUUUAGUCCCUGUUUGAGAUCGACUCUCGCAGAAAACAAGUAACUUUCUCAGUUGCUUCUAAGUCACACCAUGUCAGCAGGACUGAUGUCAGGCUCACCACAGUCAGCCUGAACAGACUAACAUUCUCGCAAAUCUGACAGCUCCUGUAGGAAUCACAAACAAACCUUAAAACAAAUACCAGGACGUGACACUGUUCCUGUGUUCAAAGACACCUUUGUGCGCAGGAAGGAGCUCGGCUGAGAGAGGAUAAAGCUUUCUGUUAGAUCGGAUCGUCUGUGUGGAUAUAAGGUGGGUUAAGGACACAGGCUGAGCUAUUUCAGUCUUUUUAACCCAAAUCUGCCUGCUGAAACACAUCAGACCAGUAUUUGUCAAAAAGAAACAUGCAUGAAGACACAGUUGUGAACAAAUUAAUACUUAGGCCCGAUCCGAAUACUCCCCUUCUCCCUCUCCCUUAGCCCUCCCCCUUCGUUUAU